CAAGGGUCUCGGCCAAUGAGAAGCGGAUGGGCGGCCUGGCGGGUGAAUACGCGCGGGUUGGAAGGCGCGGGACCGUUGGUGGCUGUGAUCGAGGGGGCGCUGAGGUGCUCAGGUGGCGACAUGGCAGCUGUGAGCUCACAGAAGAGGAGCCCGAGCCCCACUGAGAUUGCAUCCUCAGCCUUUGAGACUCCUGUGAAAAGGAGGACGCUGGGUUUUGCUGAAAGCCUCAAGAAAUCACGAGAUCGCUGGUUUCCCUCUCAGAUCAAAUGGUCACCUGGCUCCAGCGACGAGGAGAGCGGAGCUGUCUCUGUGAAGCCAGCACCGCUGAGGAGGUUGGAUGUGUCUCCGCUGCAGGCAGCCAGCAUCCCCACUACUGCACGCAGGGAGUUUUCCACCAAGUCAUCCCCUAAGCCCGCUGCCUCGUACCAGCCCAUCGUGCCCGUGCUGUCUUUUUAUAGCAAGGAAAAGCGAUACCUUACUCUUAUAGAGAGGAAGCAGCUGAGUGAGAACGGUGCUUCUGGGGAGAGGGGCGGUUGUAAGAAUCCCCUGGCUGCCAGCAGGACUGAGAAGAUUAACGUGAACUUCAGCAGGAACACGAGUUUGAAGCCAGCCAGGCCUGUAGCCGGUUCCAAGCAUGGCAAAACUGCCCCCAAAGCCCUUAAGAAGGUGAAGGCAGACGUACCCCCUAAAAAACCUAGCGCGGGGAAAGAGAAUACUCAUUGUCUGAUUAAGAAGAAGAUGGAUUCACCCUUCAGAGUCCUCAGCAUGACAGUGAAACCGGCUCUGAGGCUUCAGUCAGGAGCAGCCUUCUUUUCUGCCAGCAAGAAGUCGCACUCUAAGAAGCCACCCUUAGAUCCCAAGUCUCUCCAGUGUCCCCCCAGGUCUCGUUCAGCCGAUGCCAACAAAAGCCUCGAGGCAGGAGGUGCACUGAGGAGUACUUCUGUGCCUCAGGAGAAAGAAAACGAGAACGGGGAGAACUUUUCAGGUGGCGUAAAUCGAGAGAGAGAUACCACACGUGGAGGAAAAACGUCUCUGCAGCAAAGUGGAGGCAGCACUGUUGUUGCCUCUCAUCCUUCUGAGGCUGCAGAGUGCAGCCAUGCGGAGAAUGCGGAUGGUGGUGAGCUUAGUUCUUCCACAACCUGCGAGGCAGAUGAUUACGUUCCUUCCAGCCAAUCUCCACACAGAGGGGAUAAGAAGGCAUCUUCGAAUGCCCCUGUGUACCCCAUAUUCAGUGCGCCCCCUACCAGCAAGAAGAGGGCGCUGGAUGAACUGAGUUCUCCGUUUGGAUCCAGUCCACCUGCAAAAAUGCCUCACGGCGUGCAGAAAAACAAGAGAGCAAGAGAACUCUGCAAACACUCCAACGACCAGAUGAUCAUUGAUGCUGGACAGAAGCAUUUUGGUACCGUUGUCUGCAAGUCAUGUGGCAUGAUCUACACAGCUGCCAGCCCAGAGGACGAAGCCCAGCACAUCCAGUACCACGAGAGAUUCCUUGAGUGCCUCAGAUAUGUGUGUUGGAAGAAAGAACGAGUUGUGGCAGAGUUCUGGGAUGGGAAAAUUGUAUUGAUUCUUCCAGAUGACCCAAAAUACGCAGUCAAGAAGGCAGAAGACGUGCGGGAGAUCGUAGAUAAUGACCUGGGCUUCAAGCAAGUUGCCCUGAGUUGCCCAGCCAAGACUAAAACCUACUUGUUUGUGUCCAAUGAGAAGAUGAUUGUUGGGUGCCUGGUGGCUGAAUCAAUCAAACAGGCCUUCCGAGUGCUGUCUGAGCCCAGCACUGCACAGAGCCCCGAGCAGGAUGCCCUGCAGCAGCAGCAGCGGGCAUGGCGUUGCUCCACGGAGCCGGAGCCCGCCGUGUGUGGGGUCAGCAGGAUCUGGGUGUUCGGCCCCGCGCGCAGGAGGGGCAUCGCGCGGCGCUUGGUGGACGUGGCCAGGAGCACGUUCAUGUAUGGCAGCUACCUGAGCACCGAGGAAAUCGCCUUCUCCGACCCCACACCGGACGGCAAGCAGUUUGCAACCAAGUACUGCCAAACUCCCACCUUCCUCGUCUACAACUUUGUUUAUGGCAAUUGACUGGGCUUGAUUACCACGAGCUGUGAGUAGUUCAGACCAUUUACAGUGACUGUGUUGCUUUUAAAGUAACGCUUUAAUGUUAGUGCCUGGUGAACUCUGGCUUCCUGCUGAGCUCUGUGUUCUUCCUGCACUUGUGGGAAGGCAUCACCUUCUGUGCAGGGGUGGUGGAUGCUGUGAAGGCAAGGAAGCUUGCUUGGAUUGCAGAUAGUUUUCUUUCUAAAUCUAAAUUUUAUGACAAAUAACUUAAUUUCUUUAAGAGUUUGAAUUAAUAUAAAGCUGGCUGUUUCUCCCCCUGGUGUGUGGGUGUUUGAGCUCUCCAGGUGUGUGCUGGGGACGGUCAGGCAGCAUCCUGGGGGUUGGGGGUUUGAUGUGCACUGUUCUGAGAAAGCUGCUUGGAACUAUCUGCUGAAUGUGCAGGAGCUGAAUGUAAUGGGCUGGGGCCGAGGCUUUGGUGGUCCCUAAAUUUGUGCACGCAGGAGUGUGAGAUGUGUUACAGUGAGCAACAUGGGGCAGGAUUUCCCUCAGCCUCCAGUGCACAAGGUCUGGAACCUUCGCAGCGUUGUGCUGCAGAGAUUGCUUGUUCAAUAAACUGUUCAAAAUGCU